UUAACUUUGGAGAGCAGACGCUCGCUGCAGCACAGUCAGUGCGCUUGAGCGGUUUACCGGCGCGGUGUACACUAUUAUGGAGCGGCGACACUGGUCCUAAAGAUACAUUUAACAGCACCAGAGGACAAACGAGACUGUGACAUCAACCAGACACUUUUAUUAGACUUAGUUUAUUUUAAUAAUCAGUUACAGAACGGAUUAUAUCAGAAGAUCGGCUGCGCUGAGAUAAACAUGGGGAGCCGGGGAGACUACCGGUACCACUGGCAAAGCCACAAUGUCAAGCAGAGUGGUGUGGAUGAUAUGGUGUUACUCUCCAAGAUCAAUGAGGACGCCAUUGUGGAAAACCUCAAGAAGAGAUACAUGGAUGACUUUAUUUUUACAUACAUCGGUCCUGUACUCAUCUCAAUAAACCCUUUCAAACAAAUGCCUUACUUUGGGGAGAGAGAAAUAGAGAUGUACCAAGGCGCGGCUCAGUAUGAGAACCCUCCUCAUAUCUACGCUCUAGCCGACAACAUGUACAGGAACAUGAUGAUUGAUCGUGAGAACCAGUGUGUCAUUAUCAGUGGUGAGAGUGGAGCAGGGAAGACGGUAGCGGCAAAAUACAUCAUGAGCUACAUCUCCAAAGUUUCAGGUGGAGGUCCUAGAGUUCAGGUGGGUCACAUGGAAUAAGCAGUUAUGAAAACUGUUGUUCAUGCAGAGACACUAUCAGAAUUAGCUAAAGUAAGA